AUGAAAUCCUUCUUCAUCCUUGAUAAACUCGGCGAGAUUAUUAUCGAAAGACAUUUCCUGGGAAAUGUGAGUAGAAGUGUUGCCGAAGAAUUCUACACUGAAAUUAUGAAGGAACAACAUAAAGGAGGAAUUUCUAAUGUUUCUCCAAUUAUUUCUACACAAAAGUAUUAUGUUGCUCACGUGUUCCGUCAUUCACUUUAUUUUGUUGGUGUUGUUGAUAGGGAAUUUCAACCUCUGAUGAUUAUUGAAAUGCUUCAUCGUAUUGUUGAUACUUUGGAAAUUUAUAUUGAAAAGGUCAAUGAACAAAAUAUUAAGAAUAACUUUGUUGUUGUUUAUCAGCUUCUUGAUGAAAUGAUUGAUGGUGGCUUCCCAAUCACAACAGAAAUUGCCUUGUUGAAGGAUCUUGUCCGACAACCAGCAUCCAUAGCUAAACAAUUAACAGGUGAUAUUGGUAAAACCACUGUUGGUAUUGUUGGUCAUAACAAGUCCAUUGUUCCUUGGCGUAAAGCUGGUAUCAAGUACAUGAAUAAUGAAGUGUACUUUGAUAUUGUAGAAACACUCAACGUGAUCGUUGAUGUAAAUGGUGGUUCUGCUGUUUCUGAAGUUUUUGGUGUCAUCAAAUCUAGUUGUAAAUUAUCUGGAACACCUGAUUUGUUGUUCAAUUUUAAUGAUCCAAAUAUUAUUGAAGAUAUUUCAUUCCAUCCUUGUGUUCGUUAUGCUAGAUACGAACAAGAUAAAUCCAUUUCCUUCAUUCCUCCUGAUGGUGAUUUUGAAUUGCUUUCCUACCGUAUGUCAAAUUUACCAAUGCUUCCUAUUUAUUGCCGACCUCAAAUUACAUUCUAUAGAGGUGGGGCUAAUGUUAAUGUCAUGUUAAAUUUGAGACACACUCACAACAAGUCAUUGGAUAAUGUUAGAGUUAUUAUUCCAAUUCCUACAAUUGAUAAUCAACAAUUAACUACUACUGUUGGUUCAAUUUCAUAUGAAUCUAGCAUUAAAUCAUUGGUUUGGAAUGUUGGAAAAUUGAGUCCACAAACUCAACAAUCAAAGAGUCCAACUCCUUCAUUAUCAGGUAAAAUAACCUUCCCAUUAAUGUCUGGAAAAUCAGAACAUGAAAUUUUGGCCUGUCCUGCUGUUCAAGUACAAUUUGAAUUGGAUGGUGUUUCCAUGUCUGGUUUAAAGGUAGAAAGUGUACAAUUGAGAAAUGAAAACUACAAACCAUUUAAGGGUGUAAGAUAUGUAACAACCUCAGGUAGAUACGAAGUGAGAACUGUUUAA